AUGGCCGCCGAAAUGUCGUCUGCGACCAAUGGUGGCGCCUCUAAGUCUCUUGCCGCAAUGCUGGAAGAGCAACAUGCCCGCGACGAGGCUCACAAAGCCACAGUGGAAGAGGUAGUGGAUGAGGAGGACCUCAAGCACCCUCCUCCAACAGUGGCUAGCAACGAUCCGCCGGUCCCCGUCCUUGUCCCCGCCUCGGAAUCCUCAACCCCCGCGGAGGCAGCAGCCCCAUCACCUGCCCCUAAGCCAGCCGCAAAGAAGGCCCCGGCCUUCGAUGUACAAUCUGAAGAGUUGUUCCCGGCGCUCGGCAGCGGCCCGAAACCUGCUGCGCCUGCCGCUGCUACAUGGGGUGCGAAAAAACCCUCCGCUGCUGCGGCUGUAGCCAAUGGUUUACCCGCUCAACCAAUGGAUGUCCCCCGUGUGAUGUCUUUGCCAGGAAAACACAUGGAGCAGCUUCGCUUGGCCCCUUCCCAGAUGCUCCCUCGUGGACAGUUGAAGAAGCCCCUUCGAGAUAUUCUCCGGGAUAUCUCAAGGAGAUCCAAGGCUAUCGUUGACAUGCGUGGCGGCCCCGGUGGUUCGAUCAUCUUUGAAGGAAAGGGUUCUCAGGACGCCGUUCGCCAGGCUCUAAAGGAAGUGGCGCAGCAGGUUGGAUCGAAGCAAUCCGUCCGGGUUCCCAUUCCUGCCUCCGCCCGUCCCCAUAUUAUUGGCCGCCAGGGUGCGGUGGUUCUGGAUAUCCAAGGUCGUACCGGUGCCCGUGUCCAGGUCCCCCGCGCCGACGAUAAUGCCGCUCCGGUCCACGACGAUGACAGCGAAACCAUUGACGUUCUGAUUGAGGGUGAUGCGGUGGCCGCGGAGAUGGCGCGUCGGGAAAUUGAGGCGAUCGUGAAAGAGCGUGGCUCAAGCAUGAACUUGCGCCUGAAGACCAUUCCUCCUGAGUUCUUCCCCUUCAUUGCUGGUGCGCACAACUCUACCCUGCGGGAGAUUGAGGAGCGCACCAAGGCGCAGGUUCAUGUACCGCGAUACGACACCUGGUCCAGCCAGCCUCUCCCCCAGGAGGCCAACCCAGGCCAGGUUCAGUUUGUGCCCUGCACUGACAGGCACAUCCUUAUUUCGGGCGAGCGCGCUGCUGCCCAGGAGGCCCGUGCUGAGAUUGAGCAGAUGGCUGCUGAUCUUCAGCGCAAGCUGACUUUGCGCCAGCUCGCCAUCAACCGCGGCCAACACCAGUUUAUUCUCGGAGACGAGGCUGAUGCUUUGCAUCAGUUCCUUGCUCAGACCGGAUGUGGCAUUGUUCUGCCUCCUGCCUCCGAUGAGAGCGAGUUCCUGACCAUCACCGGUCCCCUGGACCAGAUCGAAGCCGGUAUCAAUCAUGCCAUGGACCUUGCCACUAGCAUGCAGAUGGCCAGUAUCGACCUGUCUCGCCAACAUCCCAAUGCCGCCGCCGGCCCGCAUGCCCACGCUCGCGCUCUUACUCAAUACCUCCGCCGUCGUCAGAUCAUCAAGCAACUUGAGUCCGCGUACGAUGCUCGCAUUGCCCUUCCUCCGAGCGUUGACGGACCUGUAACCUGGGAGGUUUACUCUCGCGAUGGCAAGAACACCAUCCGUGCUCGUUCGGACAUCAUGAACUUGGUUCAGGCUCACCCUCCUUCCCGCCUGCGUCAUGUGUCGGUCGACCCAUACUUCCAGCCCUACCUUCGCUCCCGAGGUGCUACUAAGCUGCAGGAUGAUUAUGGUGUCCAUCUCCUAGUCCCUGAUGAUGUCAACAGUCCCGAGGUUGUCCUCGUGUAUGAGGGUCCUUCGGCCACUGCAUCUAACUUUGAGGUCCCGAGACAGCGCCCUUCCCCGGCAGAGAUCGCAGCAUUUGAGAAGUCUCUGCAAGAGGCUCAGGAUUUCCUGCUCAGUACCCUUGGAAACCAGCAGGAGAUCGUUGCUAAGUCGGUUACCGUUCCAGCUAAGUACCAAGAGAAGGUACGCAAGUUCAUCCUUCGUGAGCAGGAUAUCAAGGGCGAGGACAGCAUUCCUGUUCGUGCUAUCAUCGGUGAUGCUCAGGCUGGUAAAUGCGAGAUUUCCCUCCGCGGUCCCUCGGCUUUGGUCGCCGAUCUUGCCACCAAGCUGGAUGCAUUCGUUGUGGAGCAGGAGAAGGAUGAUCUGGAACGCGGAUACACGACCUCCUUUGACUUCCCCCAGAAAUACGCCAACUUCCUGAUUGGGAAACGUGGUGAAAACAUCAACAAGCUUCGCGAAGAGUUCGAUGUUGACAUCAAGGUGGAGAAUGGCAAGGUCGAGGUCAAGGGACCGAAGGCCAAGGCUGAUGCCGCUCGCAUGCGUAUCAUCAAUAUGGGUAAGAAGCUGGAAGAUGAGACUACCCACAUCCUGAAGAUUCCUGCCCAGUACCACCGUGAGUUGAUCGGACAGCGUGGCAACCAGGUGAACCGUCUUCAGGAUCGCUACUCCGUGCGUGUUCAGUUCCCUCGUGCCAAUGUCCCCGCUGAUGACGCGUCUGUCACUGAGAGUGGCAGUGAUGCUGGUGCUCGCAACAGCCGCCCCCAGCAGGCCUCGGAUGAGGUUCUGGUGAAGGGUCCGAGCAAGGGCGCUGAUUCGGCCCGUGACGAGAUUUUGAGCCUGCUCCAAUGGGUUAUUGACCACUCUAACUCUGCUACCAUUUCUGUUGCCCAAAGCCAGGUUGCGUCGUUGAUUGGCCAACGUGGUCGUGAGAUGGACAAGCUUCGUGCCGAUACUGGCGCUCAGAUUGACGUUCCCAGCGCGAACGAUGCGCCGGAUGCUUCUGGCCGUGUGCAGAUUCGCGUCAAGGGUACCAAGCAACAGGUUGCCGAGGCCAAGAAGAUUCUACAGCAACGCGCCAGCGAGUUCGACGCCACAGUGACCAAGUCUAUUGAAGUGGACAAGAAGUACCAUAAGGCCCUCAUUGGUGGUGGUGGUGCGAACAUCCGCAAGAUUGUUGUUGAUGCCGGUGGUCCCAACGAUGGCAGUGCUGCUCGUAUGGUCCGUUUCCCCCGUCCUGAUAGCACUGAGUCAACCAUUCGCCUCGAGGGCAAUGGCAAGAUCGUCGACAACAUUGUCGCUGCUAUUGAGCAAUUUGUCAAGGAGCGUGAGGAUCAGGUGUCUGAGACCCUGGAUGUCCCCACUGCUCAGCAUCGCCUGUUGAUCGGUCGCGGUGGUGAUACCCGCCGUGGCAUCGAGUCUAAGUUCAACGUCACUCUGGACAUUCCCAAGCAGGGCUCUGGUCGCACCGAUGUCAAGCUUAAGGGUCCUAGCAGCGCUGUUGCAGAUGCCAAACAGCACGUCCAGGCCAUGCUGAAGGAGCAGCACGCCGAGACUGUUGAUGUUCCUCGCCACCUGCACCACGUCGUUGCCGAUAACGGUACUAUCUUCCGCCGUCUGCGCAAUGACCACCAGGUCACCGUCGACCACGCUGGUCAAUCCGUCCCUGCUAACCGCAGCUCCGAGGAAACCCGUAGCGCGUCUAAUGGCACCUCUCUUCCCCUGAUCACUGAUGACCCUAGCGCCGCCACUGAAGCGCACUCAUGGAACGUGGUUGACAGCAGUGUCCCCGCCGAUGCUGACACCACGCCCUUCCCGUGGGUGCUCACUGGCUCCCCUGAGAAUGUUGCCAAGGCCCGUGCUACCAUUGAAAAGUCCAUUGCAUCUGCCUCGCAACAGUCCGCCAUUGGUUACCUGAUCCUUCCUGACCCGAAGACCUACCGCUUCGUCGUCGGCCAAGGUGGUAGCCAAAUCAAUGCCAUCCGAAAGAAGACCGGUUGCCGCAUCAAUGUGCCCAAGGACCAAGCUCGCGGUGAGGCCAUCGAGAUCCGCGGCAGCACAGCUGGCUUGGAGGAGGCUCGCGAUAUGAUCCUUGAAGCUGUGCAGAAUGGUCUGAAUGGCUCCGCCCGGUGA